UAUUACUUUGCAACCCUAGUAAAAGCAGCUUUGCACGCAGGCGUUGUGUAUUUUCGAGUAGCGCCCGAUUUCAAUUUAAACGAUACAAUUGAAGAUGUUUGUGCCAGAAACUGAAGAUAUGUUGCCAAGGGCAGCUCCAAGACCCUGUGCGCCUGUUCCACUAGGACAUAGUGACGAGAUUGUGAAACCAACCGUACCUGAACUUUCAAUAUUGUUUGGUCAACCACCGCAGCAGCAGCAACAACAACAACAACCGCAGCAUCACCAGCAUCAGCAGCAGCAGCAACAACAACAACAACAACAACAACAGUCAGCGUCGGUCCAACGUCCUGCAGGCGGUUUUGCCUCCUGGAAGAAACAAAUAUUGCCACGGGUUAACUUUUCACCAGUUUUAACAACUGAACUGGGUCCAGCAUCUCCGCCGGUCUCUUCAUCUGCAGCAAUCAAUACAGCUUCCGGUUGCAAUGAGUAUAAUUAUCUUCCACGGAAUCGCGCCUUUGAUGGUGAUCGCACAUCGCCCGCGCAACCUUUGAAUGUUAAUACGAAUUUGGGUUAUGCGAUGAAUGUGCCUUCUACUUAUGCACGAGAAACUUUUGCCACUGACGUUUUAGUGUCGAAUCCUCAACCCCAAUCCCAUAACCCCACUCGACCAACUGUAGGCACAACUGAUGUGCUCACGAUUUGUGCAGGCACCCAAACAGAUCCAGAAACUUCAUCCUCUAGAAGAGAGUCCAUAUCUAAUGUAGUCAGCCAUUUGGCGGAUAAAAACGACUUGAGGGAGAUCCUAAGUCAACUGGAGAUUAUGCGCCAGGAACAGCAACAAUUGAGACGCCUGUGUGAAUCUCUGGUUCAAAAGCAACACAUAACGAGCUCAAAGACUUUCAAAGAGACUUCUUCCCAGUGCGAGAUUGUAACUGCGAAAAGUAAUGCUACGGUUAAGCGGACUACACCGAUAGUCCACGAUUACAUAGUGGAGGAGGAUGAACGAUCUACGCCGUAUGAGGUAGUACCAGCCAGAGCCCUUCCUCAAUUUCAAUCUCCACGUGCAGCACCGCCAAUGGCACAAUCCACUGGAUACCGGUGCACUACUCCGCAGGGCAAACAGCCAGCUGCAAUGCAAUCGCCUGCAACCAAAAGUCCUGUUAUUGGCACCGUUUUACCUAAACCAAGCACGGAAAAGAGCUUAGUAAUGAAUGAACUGGCCCGGAAAUAUCUACCACAAAAGCAAAUUAACGAAUUAAUGGACGAACUGCGUCUGUCGCCGGCGACAGUUAACGAUGUCGCUGCCAGCACCGGUUCCAACACAACUCCACUGCGUCAAAUAGAUAAUUUCCAUCAAAGUCCCAGCAAUAUAUCAAAUGCUUCCUAUGUAUAUCUGAAAAAAUAUCGCUUGUUACCCGAACAACGGUUGCCUUAUGAUCAUCAUGCGGAUAUGAUGAAGUUGCACAAGUUGCAGCAGUCGGAAUCUCCUGUAUCGCCAUCUCCACAAGGCCACCAGCCAAUGCUCGAUUUGGAUAAUAUACGUAAUCAGCCAAAGUUAAUUUAGGAAUACAAAUAUAAUUAAGUAUAUGUUUCGCUAAUUGUUUUAAAAUACAUAUUUUUCAAUACAUGGAUUACCUUUAAUAUUAAGCUGCAUUAACAAAAAUUGAAAGAGUACAAUCACACAAAUAUUAA